UUCUUUUCUCUUGUAGAUUUGUUGCUUAUUAUUUACUACUGGAAGGCAAUUGGUGACAAAUUUUUUGUAAUGCAUCACUUGGCAGCUCUGUACGCUUACUAUUUUGUACUGAGCAAAGGUCUGUUGGCUUAUUUCGGAAACUUCCGUCUGCUUGCAGAGUUCUCCACUCCUUUUGUCAAUCAGCGGUGGUUUUUUGAAGUACUGGGAUAUCCCAAAUCUUCGAAGGCCAACAUCAUCAAUGGUGUGCUGAUGACAGUCGUGUUCUUCGUGGUGAGGAUUGCCGUCAUGCCUAUAUAUUACAGCCAUGUAAUUUCUUCAUUUGGAACAGAGGCUUUCCAGAGAUUAGGAUUUGCAGCCCAGAGUGCCUGGAUUAUCUCAAGUGUUGUCUUGGAUGUUAUGAACGUGAUGUGGAUGGUCAAAAUUGCAAAAGGAUGCUACAAAGUCAUUUGUCUUAUUGGACGGGAGGAAGCCAAAACUCACAGAAAUGGAAAAUCUGACUAGAAAUUAUGCGUGUAAAAUGAAAUUUCUGCUAUGAAGAUAACGUGGGUUCACUGAAACGGUGCACAUUUCUGCCAUGGAAUGCUCCUCCUAAGGAAACAAGGCAUUAC